AUGCCGCCGCGCUGUGUGAGACGAAUGAGAAGCUCAUGCUGCACCCGACUUCCUAGCUCAAAGAGAGAAUUCACAGCAUGAACCCAGGUUACUCCUUCCAAGGCAGAGAGAAAGCUCUCGGGCGGCAGGGCGGACGGACUUCGAUUCGAUUCCUGCCCUAUCGAUAAGGCAGGUGGUGUGGGUCUUCCGCGCCUGCCUAUCGAGAGUGCGUCAUACGUGCAUACACUCUUUGCUCCAGAGUCGGUGGUUAAUUCACGAUCGCUGCCUACACCUCCAGGGCUUGAGCACAAGCUGUGCGGAUAGGCCGCAUCUUCCUCGCUGGGAGCAGAGUCUCAGUGUACCAACUCCGUACAUGGCUCGGCGCUUGUCGUCAUGUCCUCGCCUGCCUCUGAAGAAGCGCCGGCCCCGGCAGAGCAGUCGCGCGACGUCGUGAUUGAGCAGAUCGCUACUAUCGCUCAGGAUAGUCCAGCAACCGAUAACGAUGAUGCCGCUGUCGACGCAUCCAACACUUUCGGCGAUCUCGAUGAGGCUGCUGCCUUACACAACCUCACUACCAACGUUCGCGACCAGGACGACCUCGAACGAGACAUCACAUACAAGGCCAAUCUGGCCCUCAUUGAAGUCGAAGAUGCCAAGGACGAAAAACGAAUCGAGCGCGCCCAGGCAAAUAUUGUGAGGCUCGAAGCACAGAAACGCUUACAGGACGAACGUUUCCGCAAGGCCAUCGGGCGACCGGAUCUCAAGACCAAGAUCAAAGACGAGAUUGCCCGAAUACAAGCCGAGAUCGGUCUUGCUGAGCAGGACGUCGCCGACUUUCACACCCGUAUCGACCAGAGACACCAGGAUGGUACUCAGGAAGUGCAAACCCAGAGUGGCUCAAGAAAACUACCUAACGAAAGUCACCGAGAAUUCCUGAUUAGAACGGGGAAGAUUACUCCCUUUGCCAACUUUGGUGGCUCCCGCCCCGAAGGCGUUGAGGGAGGCCUCGCCAGUGCCUUGGUGGAUGCGGAGGACGAGGCAGUGGCCGAGGAGCUCGAGGAGAAGGCCGGCUACGAGCCACGAUCGCACCAGAACCUUCGUGCCCCAGGAUUCGCCGAGGAAUCGACUUCUGUAGGUGUCGCAGCCGAGGCAGAAUUUUCACUGCGACCCCGUAAAAGGAAGAGGAUCACGAGACACUCGGAUACCGACGAUGAUUACACCCCUCAGACUUCCGCGGCUGCCUCGCCGGGGGCAGCGUUCAUCGACGACGACGACGACGAUGACGACGACGCUCUGGACGAAGACGAGUACGACAUGACCGAGAGGACACGCAAAAGAUCGGGCAAGAGAUCACAGGCUUCUGCAGACGGCAAAAUAGAUCUCAGCCAAAUCGAUGACGGGAACGAGGCGAACUACCAAGAUCGCCUUGCAAAUUGGGUCGAGCGGCGAAGCAGGGCGCGCGCGUUGCACGAAAAGAAUGGUACUGGUACUGGCGAGCCAGACACAGAUCAAAGCAUCCCAGAAUGGUUCAAACCCUCUCCAGAUACCCCCGAUCAUCAUUUUGAGGAUGGCCUGAGGCUUCCAGGCGACGUUUAUCCAGCUCUCUUCGAUUACCAGAAGACUGCAGUCCAAUGGCUGGGCGAGCUCUACAAGCACAAAGUUGGGGGUAUCAUCGGUGACGAAAUGGGGCUUGGCAAGACAGUCCAGUUGAUAUCAUUUGUCACGGCCCUACACUACAGCCAGUUGCUCGACAAGCCUGUGAUCGUUGUUGCGCCUGCCACUGUUCUACGACAAUGGGUUAACGAAUUCCACCGUUGGUGGCCGCCUCUCCGGGUUUCGAUCCUUCACUCAUCUGGUAGUGGCAUGUACAGCGAGAGCAGCGAAGACCGUAUCGAGGAAGAAGAGCUUGCCUGGAAUCGAAAAAGCAAGAAUAAGCCUGUCAACAAGGCUGCCAAGAAGAUCGUAGACCGAGUCGUCAAGCACGGCCACGUGCUGGUUACAACUUAUGCUGGCCUGCAAACGUACGGUGAGAUCCUCAUUCCUAUCGAAUGGGGUUAUGCAGUGCUGGAUGAGGGCCACAAGAUCCGCAAUCCCAACACGGCAAUCACCAUUUACUGCAAAGAGUUGCGCACACCGAAUAGAGUGAUUCUUUCCGGAACUCCCAUGCAAAACAACCUUAUGGAGCUUUGGUCGCUGUUCGAUUUCAUUUUUCCCAUGCGACUUGGCACGCUAGUCGACUUUCGAAACCAGUUCGAGAUACCCAUCAAACUUGGCGGGUACGCAAACGCAACGAAUCUCCAGAUCAUGACUGCUCAGAAGUGUGCAGAAACGCUCAAAGACACAAUCAGCCCGUAUCUCCUGCAACGAUUGAAGGUCGAUGUCGCUGCAGACUUGCCAAAGAAGAGUGAGCAAGUACUUUUUUGCAAACUCACUCGGCCUCAACGCGAGGCUUAUGAACUCUUUUUGAACUCGGGGGAGAUGAGUGCAAUCUUGAACAAGACGCGACAAUCACUCUACGGCAUCGACAUACUCCGGAAAAUAUGUAACCACCCGGAUCUGCUUGAUCCACAUUUGAGGGCAAAGCCUGACUACAAAUGGGGCGCGGCGAACAAGUCGGGCAAAAUGCAGGUCGUCAAGGCGCUUCUGCAGAUGUGGAAGCGUUUUGGUCACAAGACUCUGCUCUUCAGCCAGGGUGUCCAGAUGCUUAAUAUCCUGGAGGAUUUUGUAAAGCGACAAGAUGGCAUUAGCUAUAUACGGAUGGACGGCAGCACUGCUAUCAAGGACCGACAGACCUUGGUCGAUCGAUUCAACAAAGAUCCCACAUUGGACUUAUUUCUCUUAACCACAAAGGUUGGUGGCCUAGGCGUGAACCUUACAGGGGCCAACCGGGUCAUCAUUUUCGAUCCUGACUGGAACCCGUCAACCGAUGUCCAGGCCCGGGAGAGAGCCUGGCGACUGGGACAAAAGAAAGAAGUCACAAUCUACAGGCUCAUGACAGCGGGUACGAUAGAAGAGAAGAUUUACCAUCGGCAGAUUUUCAAGCAGUUUCUUAGCAACAAAGUCCUCAAGGAUCCGAAGCAACGUACUACCUUCCAGCUUCAUGAUCUGCACGAUUUAUUUACGCUAGGAUCAGCCGAGGAGGGCAAAACAGAGACUGGGAGACUCUUCGAAGGCACCGAAGUCAAAUUCAACACAGGCACUUCUGCGAAGGUAUCUCAAAGCACCACAGAUCUUGUAGAGCUUCAGGAUGAGAGUCAGGCAGCCGAGAUCACGGGGGACGAUGUGCAGCAGGUUCAAACCAUUGAGGGUGUCGCAAGUCUUGAGGACUUCAAGCAGGAGGGAGACGACGAGCCCCCACCGACGGAAGAGUCUCGCAUCAUGGAAGGUCUCUUCGCCCGCUCUGGUGUUCACCAAGCACUUGAGCACGACGACAUUGUCAACGGCAAGAAGAAGCCACAAGCCAGUCGCGCCAUGCUACAGAGAGAAGCUGAUCGAGUCGCUGCUGCCGCCGCAGCAUCGCUGCGAAGAGCCGGCGAACAAGCUCGGAAUGUGCCGAUCGGUACAGUCACGUGGACAGGUGAAGUAGGUGAGGCCGGACGGCCGAUCAACACGCGGCGCGCGGGCAGAGGUGGUGGCGGUCCAAGUUCUGCAGGAAUCCUCGCUGGCAUCGCCGACCGGCAGGGCAUAAACUUGGGGUCACCACGCUCUGGUUUAAACAGCGCAACCACUUCGAGAUCCGGUACUCCCACCAGUAGCAGUGGCCGGUCAAGUGCCAUGCACGGCAAGGACUUUGAAAAGGCGAUUCCUGUCUUCAUACGUCAACAUGGCGGACAAGUUCCAACCAAGCUGCUCGUCGAUCAUUUCAACCGGUACUGCAUCACAAGCCAGCAGUCUGCGGAGUUCAAGAACGCACUCAACAAAGUGGCCAGGAUGGAGAAGAAAGGGAGCAGCAUGCGUGCACUGUGGGCUCUUCGUUGAUGAUGGACUCCCACAUGACAGGUAGUCCCUUCAGACCCUCACGGACAGCUGUAUGGCAGUGGCCGGUUUGCAUGAAGUGCGCACUGGCAAGGGCUUUCGUCGCGAAUCCUUUUGUGCUCGCGGAUGCUCAACCCGUAGAACGUGGAGAGCUCCUCAUACAGGCGCUUAGCCCGCAUUCAUCCUUGAACAGAUUCAAAUUUUGAUCAAACGUGAAGAUGUGUCGAUAUUGUAAUGCAUCAAACAUAGUCUUGCAUCCCGCGGAGCAGGUCAUCCUCGGGCACGAGGAACUGAUAGAUUAUGCAAGAGGCACGGUACAAGAGCUGCCGCAUUCAAUGCUUCUGGUCGUUGCUUGGACCCUGAUUGGGUUACGAGUUGCACGCGAAAUUCAAUUUUGUGGCCAAACAAGUUCUUUUCACACGCGCAUGCCACAAGCGAUCGG